UGUAAACUAACCUUGUUGGACGAUCUUCUGAGCCUCCCUCUCGGCCUGAAAUAGAUAUGGUCAACCACUAUACCCCACCCAGUUCAAUCAAAUGCGACCUACAUCGAGGAGGGUCUGAAUGCCUGCGGAGUUCUGAGCGGACUAUCCGAAAGAGUCAGUAUGGCAAUUUCCCAAGUCGAGCGACACAUUCUCCUCACCAUCUUUGCAAUAUUAUUUCUCAGAAAAGGCGCUUAUGAGAACGAAAGAGUCGGAGAAUAUAGGAGUAUACAGAGGUGGAGUCGUGAGCUUGUGAUGCGCCGUUCGAUCUCCCCGACGCCACGAAUGACCCCUUAGGCGGUCGGGAUUCUGCCACCAGACACCGCCAUCACUGAUAUCACCGAUAAUCCGAUGCAGAUUUGGACAUGAUGCCACUCGCGCAUUCAACCGUUCAUUCAUUUACUGCUUCUUUUAAAUAGUCGCGCAAUUCACAAAUUGCAUACAAGGCAAUAUGUCUCGUGCUUCCAAAUUGACAUUGGCCGCAACUGGUCUCGGUACGGCGGGGAUCAUCUACUUUGUUCACUGGGCACAGGAACAAGAGAAAAUUGGGAUGCACAAGGCGGUUGAGCUAGACAUGGAGAAACAGCGUAUCCGCAGGGAGCGACAGGCCGAGUUCGAGAUGCAAAGGGCGUUGGAAGAAGAGUACCGGAAACUACAGAAGGUCUCGCCCAGCGUUGACGAUCCAAGCGGAGGGAAGUCGAAUCAAGGACAAACAUCAUGAUACACGCCCGAGCGGUUCUUUACGAUUCAUAGACUUUGUCUGGUAUAGAUGUCCCACUUGGCAUGUGAUGGCUGUAUGCUUGUAGAAUAUACCCAAAAUGUACAUUAGAGAUCAAUAUCCAUACCCACCUCUGUAUACUAUUGAUUCAGUCUGUCUCUAGACCACAUGCUUCGCUAAGGGAUUGGCUGUUCAGCGCCACACCUGCUGAAAGAAGGCAAUGCGAA